AAUAUACAUUCAUUCUUAAACUUUGAAACUUUGAUCUACUAUGGGUGUAAAUGUGAUAUCACGAACAUUAGAAAUCACAGUUAUAUCCUGCGAAAACAUUCAUGUAUCAGAUGACGCAUAUGUUGUCGUUCGAGGCGAGUCUCUAAAUUGUUACACAACAAAAACAGUUAAAGAUAAGUCGAGUUUUCUUUCAUGGGAUGAGAAGUUUUUGUUGGACAUGCCAUUGCAUGCAAGGUCAAUCACGUUUGAGGUGCAAAGCAAGAAGUUCAAAGGCGCUCGUCCUAUUGGAAUCGCGAGAAUCGCGGUUGCGGAUUUUCUUAAUGGCGAUGAAUCGGAGAAUUGUAUGCGGGUUUUGAGAUAUAGAUUGAGAGAUUGGGAAGGUAAGAAAAAUGGUGUUAUUCAUUUUGGUGUGAAGGUGGUUGUGCCGGAGAAAAUAUCAGUUACUGCGGUGGGAAAUGAAACGUUGGUGAAUGGGAAGAAUUUUGGUGAUAGGUUAACAGGAGUGGAUUGUGGUGGCAAGAAUUCUAAUGGUGUUGUUUGGGGGAAUUACACUAGUAGUGUUAUUUAAACAUUUUAAUGU